UUGGUUUGGUUUGGUGCAUAUAUGGCUCAAAGGACCGUUUCAAGCUAGUCCAUACGCCAUUCUAAGUCUUUAAAAAUCGUGACACAGGUCCUAAACCGUGGUUUGGGUACAAGCCACGGAGUUGUACGUUCGUUAAAAUUAAUGAUAAACCGAAAAAGUCGGUGUAAAAACACCGAGAAUUGUCCAAAAAUAUCUAAGCGUAACUACGCACAUCCAACCGGUAUGGCUGAUGCAACACCACUUUUCCGGCAUAAGUUAACAGUUAUUGCCCGUAUAAACCAGGCCUUAUGGACAAGCAAAGUUCCGGAAGUUUGUCUUCUGGAAUAGAUGCGAUGUGAUUGGUUAAAUUUGAAAUAUUCGUUGUUAUUCACUUCCGUUUCGCGGGCAAAUUAGUCGCAACACUCACAGGUGCGGCUUACCAGUUAAAAACACAGAAUCAAACAGAAAAUUCAGAAUUGUUCGAGCGCAAACAUACUCCACAAAGUACUUUAAAACUGAAACUUUUUCGACUGAAAGAGAAACAUGCAUGUAUUGAAGCGAGACGGACGAAAAGAGGCUGUUCAUUUUGACAAGAUAACCGCAAGAAUCAAAGCGCUAUGUUACGGGUUGGAUAUGAAUUAUGUGGAUCCAUCUGUCAUCGCUCUUCGCGUUAUAAAGGAACAUUUGUAUUCCGGUAUAAGAACGGUCGAAGUGGACAAUAUAGCAGCUGAAACCGCAGUAAGCCUGAUCUCUCAACAUCCAGAUUAUGCAACACUGGCCGCUAGAAUUGCCAUAUCUAAUUUGCACAAAGAAACAGAGAAGACUUUUAGCAAGGUGAUGGAACAACUGUACGAAGCGAAAAACCCAUUCACACAGGAACGUUUGCCUAUAAUUGCCGAGAAGUAUUACAAGAUUAUUCAAGCCAACGCGGACAAAGUGGAUUCGGCAAUCGUCUAUCACAGGGAUUUCAAUUAUAGUUACACCGCGUUUAAAAUGAUCGAAAGCAAUCAUUUGUUAAAACUGAACGGCAAAGUCGUUGAACGACCGCAACACAUGCUGAUGAGAGCUGCCAUAGGUAUUCACGGUGAAGAUAUCGAGAAGGCAAUUGAGACGUAUAAUUUCCUGUCGAAUCAGUAUUUUGUACAUUCCGUGCAGACGUUAGAUUCAGCAUGUACCGUUAUUCAACAAAUGGCUAGCUCAUUUCUAGUAACAAUGUCUGAGGAUAGUAUAGAUGGAAUAUUGAAUUCACUGGAAACAUGUGCUCAUCUUUGUCACUGCAAUGGUAACAUAGGUUUCAAUGUGCACUGCAUUCGGGCGAAGAAUACGCCCAUAAGAGGCACAGGAGGUGUAUCGAACGGAUUGGUGCCCAUGUUGAAAGCGUACAACACAUCAAUGGGAACUGUUUUCAGAAAAGACAGGGAAGGAUCGAUUACCGUAUAUGUGGAACCGUGGCACGCUGAUAUCUAUGAAUUUUUGGAACUCAAAAGAAAUACCGGUGACGAACAACUGAGGGCUAAAGAAAUGUUUUACGCAUUGUGGGUUCCGGACUUGUUUAUGCAACGUGUUUACGACGAUGACGUUUGGAGCCUGAUGUGUCCGCACGAAUGUCCUGGAUUAAUUGAUUCGUGGGGUGAUGAGUUUAAAAAUUUAUAUACCAGAUACGAAAAAGAGGAGCGAUGUCGGAAACAAGUUAAAGCCAGGGAAUUGUGGAUUCUCAUUGUUCAAAUGCAAAUCGAAACUGGCACGCCGUAUAUAAUUUAUAAAGAUCAGUGUAAUGGCAAAUCGAAUCAUCAAAGUCUAGGCACAAUCAAGUGUGCCGGUCUUUCUCCCGAGAUUGUCGCUUACUCGAGUUCCAACGAAAUCGCCGUGUGUAACACAGCUUCGAUUGCUGUCAACAUGUUCGUAAACUCAACCGAAAAAACGUUCGAUUUUUAUAAACUCAAAGAAGUAGCGAAGGUCAUUACUCGCAAUUUGGACAAAAUAAUUGACGCGAAUUCUUGCCCUCUUCAAGAAGCGAGUUUGUCUUGUUACAAACAUAGAGCUAUUGGUAUUGGCGUACAAGGUUUGGCAGAUGCGUUUAUCUUGAUGAGAUAUCCGUUUGAAAGCAAGAACGCUAACGAACUCAAUAUUCAAAUUUUCGAAACGCUAUAUUACGGCGCGUUGGAAGCUAGUUGCGAAAUAGCUGCCGAAAAAGGUCCUUACGAUUCGUACGACGGUAGUCCAAUUAGCAAAGGUAUCUUGCAAUACGAUAUGUGGAAUGUAAACCCGUCAGAUUUGUGGGAUUGGGACGCGUUAAAGGCAAAAAUUGCGAAACACGGAGUGCGCAAUUCUCUGUUAAUAGCUCAAAUGUCGGACGCGUUUAUGGCGCAAAUGUUAGAAACCACUGAAUCAAUUCAACCUUAUACAAGCAACAUAUACAUGGUGCAUGCGUUGUCCAAGCUAUUUCCGGUUGUUAACUCGCACUUGUUGACGGAUCUGGUUGAGAAAGGUCUUUGGGACGAUGACAUGUAUAACAAAAUCGUCGAGAACGGAUCUAUACAAGAUAUUGAGAAUAUACCUGAAGAUCUGAAGUUGCUCUAUAAGACUGUUUGGGAGAUGCCACAAAAAAUUCUCUUUGAAAUGGCGGUCAGUCGUGGACCUUUUGUCGAUCAAUCGCAAAGUUUAAACGUUUACUUAAAAGAUCCGAUAGACAAGCUUACUUCGAUACACUUUUUUGCCUGGGAGAAGGGGUUAAAAUCCAGUAUGUAUCGUCUCACAACAGAAUAACGAGAGGAAAGACAUUUAAAAUCGGAUCGUAAUGUAUGAAGAAACAGCAUAUAACCAGGUUUCCAGACAGCACAAAAAUCCGAAAGACGUUAUAAAAAUAUUUAAGAAAAUAGCCAAACGAACUUUAGACGUCUCUCUGACACAUCUUUUAAGAUAAUUUUCGAAUUUUUGUGCUGUCUGGAAAGCUGGUUUUCUAAUUACCCAGCAAACAAUUUCUGACUGCGCAGACCUGGCAACAAAAACUGUAUGCAGAAACGCUACAAUACGAAAACAUGCUUCGUGUGCUGCCAAAUCUGUUAACACACAGACACAAAAAACGCAACAUGGUCACCAAAACUCAUCAAAACCAUAUCCUACCGAGGACACAGAUGGAUAUGGAUUUGGUGUGGUGGUUGGCGACAAAAUCGCGACAUCUGACAACCAAAUUGUUUGCUGGGUAUAAAAAUAAUGUUAACAAGAAACAUAAUGUUAAUUAAUUAAUAAGAUUAAAUGUUCAAAACAUUAGUUUGUAACUAAUGUAUGUAUACAAAAAUAUUGUUAUAUACAUAAAAUAAAUUGUUUAAUUUUAUAUAAUAGAUUAGUUCUCAACCGUAUAAUUAAAAAUAUUGCACAUAUAAGGAAGCUGUAUCUUGAGA